AUGCCUCUUCCAAAACGACAGACGAUACCUGUAAAGGGCGCCAAAUCUAGCGCGCCUACCACAGACGACUCGCGAUUCGCAAACUUCGAAACCGACCCCAAGUUCAGACUCCCCUCGAAGAAGCACACCAAGACCAAACUCGAUCCCCGGUUCUCGCGACUACGGAGCGAUCCAGACUUCUACAACAAGGCCACAGUCGACAAAUAUGGUAGAAAGGUAUCCAAGGAAGCUGGCAAAAAGGCCAUCGACAGGCUAUAUGCCGCCGACAGCGAUGACAAGGACGACGAAGAUGAAGACGACGAAGACGAUGGAGACGAGCUGGAGCUAGAGCGACCGGCCAACAAGAAGCGGGACAAAGCGGUCAAGAAGGAAAUGCAGAGGGUACAGCAAGAAGGCUUUGACCCCAUCAGAGACGGUGGGCUCGAGUCUUCAUCGGACGAGAGCUCCAGCGAAGAAGAGGACGAGGUCGAGCUGGAGGAGCAAACAGAGCUCGCCGGUGACGACAAUGAAGUUCCGACAGGCGACAUCUCUGCACGCUUGGCUGCUGUGAACAUGGACUGGGACAACAUACGGGCCACCGACAUCAUGGCUGUAGCAAACUCGUUCGUUCCGGCUGAUGGGCGAAUCCUCAACGUUGUCAUAUACCCUAGCGAGUUUGGUAUGGAGCGCCUGCAGCGUGAGGAGAUUGAGGGUCCGCCCCGCGAGAUCUUCGCAUCCACGUCCAACAAAGACAAGAACAAUAUCGGCGUGCUUGACAACGACUCGGACUUCUCGGACCCAGACGAUGAGGAACAAAACAGGGCAGACUUGCAAGGAGACGAAACAGGCGAAGAAUUCGACUCCACCAAACUGCGAGCCUACCAACUUGACAGGCUGCGAUACUACUACGCCGUCAUCACAUGUUCCUCUGCCAAUGUUGCAAAGUCCAUCUACGACAAUCUCGAUGGCCGAGAAUACCUGACGAGCGCCAACUUCUUCGACCUACGAUUCGUUCCCGACGGCACAACCUUCGACCAAGAUCCCCACGACGAAUGCGCGAAGCUGCCGGACGGCUAUAAACCUAACGAGUUCUCAACGGAUGCACUUACACACUCAAAGGUCAAGUUGACUUGGGACGCUGACGACGCGACACGGAAGGAAGUGCAAAAGCGAGCUUUCUCCCGUAAGGAGAUUGAUGAGAACGAGCUGCAAGCAUACCUGGGCACAGACGAGUCAUCUUCCGAAGACGAGGAAGCAGCAGCAAAGGCAGACAAGGCCGCAAGUCUCAGGGCUGCUUUGGGACUAGAGGCUCCCGGCAAGUCUUCAAAAACGAAGAAAAAGACGUCUGCAAAGCGCGAUCGCGACUUUCCAAAGCCAGAUAGCGAGAUGCAGAUUACCUUCACAGGAGGACUAUCCAAUGGCGCUAGCAACGGUGACGUGUUCGAGAACGAAAUCCCACUGCAAGAGACUACAAUGGAGAAGUACAUUCGCAAAGAGAAGGAAAGGAAGGCGAAGCGUAAGGAGAGGUGGGAAGCCAAGAAGGCCGGCCGGGACCCUGAUGCCCCAGUCGAGCAGGAGGCGGAUGCGCCAGCGGAUGCGCCAGCGGAUGCGAACGAAGACGAUCCAUUCAACGACCCGUUCUUUGCCUCUGAUCCCGAAGAAGCUGCAAAGGCCGCCAAGCCCAAGUCGAAGAAGUCUGAGAAAGCAAAGAAGAAGGCAGAGCAAGAGCAGCAGGAUCAGGCGGCCGCAGCUGAGCGCGCAAAUCUGGAGCUGCUUAUGGCAGACGAAGACGACUCCAAGCUGCGCCAUUUCGACAUGAAUGAAAUCGUCAAGUCGGAGAAGGCCAAGAAGAAGGGCAAGAAGGCCAAGAAGAACGCUCCCAUCAUAGAGGACAACUUCAAGAUCGACACCACCGAUCCUCGUUUUGCGAAGUUAUACGAAAGCCAUGAGUUUGCUAUCGAUCCUACAAACCCUAGGUUCAAGGAGACGUCAGGUAUGAAGGCGCUGCUAGAGGAGGGUCGCAAGAAGCGCAAACAAGGCAAGGAUGGUGAUGAGCCAGAACUUCAACGAGACUCGAAGAAGUCUAAACAGGAUGCUGCAGAGGGCGAGGAUGAUAUCAAAAAGCUGGCUGCUCGCGUCAAGGCGAAGACGGCCUGGAACGGGAAUUGCGCCAAUGGAGCAGAGCCAGACAUCGCUGGUGUAGGAGUCGUCCUGUCGUUUGUCAUCGCAAGCUUCAUGACUACGUUUGCCUCUAUCCUCGCUAUGCUUCUCGAUCAAGCAUUCGAUACGAAGGGUCACUUCACGCCUCGAGCGCCGCUCACAUAUAUCCGGGAGCGCUUCUUGGAAAAUGAAUGGAAGAAGCAUUACGCGUGGCGUCCUUUCCUGGACCCACUCAUAAUUGGUUUCGGCGAUCAGCAACUCAUUACGGGCUACGCUGUGCUUUUGAGUGGAUGGAUCAAAGUGGCGCAACGCUCAUUUCGUGUCCAAAGUGCUCACUUCGUCCUUAUCCUUUACAUAUGCGCUCUCUCAUCGUCAUCGCAUCUCGCUGCUUUGAUCACGCUCCGAAAGUACUUCCGUAAAUACAAGCUCAUUGCAAAGAUCCGCCUCGCGCUUGUCGUAUGCUUCGCUCUAUUUCUGCUUACGUCCAUGGUCACCGCCAUUGCGAUGCCGCCCAGUCUUAUCGAAGACGAAGAUGGUACAUCUAUACUUCGCAGUCGUGUACAAAGACUACCGUUCCUCGUACCACUAUUUCUCAUCCUAAUCGGCUUCUCGACGGCUUUGGUUUGCAUCCUAUACGACCCGGAAGGCAGAGGUCUGGACACACCAUCUUCUUGUUCAGAGUCUUCAAUACAAGCCCUCGUACGCCGCUUGACCGACUCCGCACAAAAGGAGAGAGGGUUUUCACCACGGUUCAUAUGUCCAGCGCGUCUUGGUCUGCGUCUCAUAUACUUUCUCUUCCUCAAUCCAGCCAUUGCAUUCGUGGUGCAAAUAUUGCUCGCAAUCUUGUCCGCUAUCUUAGUCCUGACGCAGAAGUUCGCGGCACCUGAGGACCCGGCAAACUUCUGUGGUUUGCAGGAUAACGAGGAAAACGUUUGGGGAUUCGGACAGACGUUGAGUGUGGUCAUGCUUCUGCUACCGGCUAUCACAGCAUUGCAAACAUACCUUGAAGCGCGACAGGAUAUCAAACAUGGAUUCAGUAGAACACACGACUGA